UGGCUGCCACCAUCAUUAUCAUUUCUGCAAGUGUAACAAUAAAAAAUUGGAAAUCAAUACUUACUACUUAGGUGCCAAUUCUGAACAUUAUACAGGUUAAUGAUGUGCUUGCUCUCAUUAGAUGUUCCAUCAUAACAAUGCAGAGAUAUACAAGCAUGAUCCAGUUUUGUUCAUGUUUUUUUAAAUUGAUUAUUUGUGUUUCAUUUAUAAUGAAAAUUUGAGCUGAAUGUACUAAAUCAAAAAUAGAAAUGUUUAAAAAGGAGAUCCUUUUGGUCUUUCUCCUGUUCUGCUCUUCAGUAAAGUUUUAUACACAUGCUACUCAUGGAGAGGAAGCCCAUGAAAUUGGAACUCUUGCUGGCGAUGUUCAGAAUUGGGCCAUGUUGAUACAGAAUUACAUUUUACAGUUGGCUAAUGAUGGCAUUAUGAGAGAUUCUACCCAAAGUUACCUGGAUCAGGCCACAUACAAACAAGAAACCAAAGAGGGCACUGAUUUGGUCAAGCUCGUUAAUGAUAGCCUGGGAGAAUAUUUCAGGAAGAAAACUGCAGCAGCAACUGCACUUGUGGAAAAAGUUCGCGAGCUCUAUGACGAGUACUAUGAAAGAAACCAGAGCACCAAUGUCAAAACUUUAAAUGACCUGCCUGAUGACACCUACUAUGAAUCUGACAUCCCUGAUAAGCUACCAAAGGAUUUGGUGUUUAGUCCAUACUUCCGUCAAAAAGUCAGCAAGCUCAACUCCACAAUAAAAAUAGCUGAUGAAGUACCAAGAGAUGAUCCAUAUGUUAUUGAUACUAUCCUUUUCACUAGAAAGCUUGAAGAGACAUUUCUCCGCAAUGCAGCAAAGGAUCCUCUACUUAGGUGGCAGUACUUCGGCUCAGUGACUGGUGUGACAAGAUUAUUCCCUGGUCGCGAGUGGUCAAACAAUUUUGCAGGUUUCUAUGACGAUUACGAUCCUAGAGUCCGACCCUGGUACAUCCAGGCCACCAGUGGACCAAAGGAUGUCAUCAUUAUCUUGGACUGCAGCUUGUCCAUGGUUGGCGAGAAAUUCUCCAUAGCCAAGGCAGUUGCAAAAACUGUGAUCAACACUUUAACGAAACAAGAUUACGUCAAUGUCAUCUGUGCCAGGAACAGUCACUGGAACGAAGUGGGGAAGUGGCACUAUUAUGACACAACAGUACUGAGCUGUCAGGAACAGAGGAUGGUCCCAGCAACAAAUGCACAUCGCAAAGAUUUGAUAGAAAAAAUUGACAAACUCAAAGCAGGGGGGACAACUGAGCUGGAGAAAGGAUAUGAUAGAGCUUUUGACCUUCUGAGAAGUGUGCCUAGAACAGGUUGUCAGUCCAUCAUUGUGUUUGCUACAGACGGGAAGGAUACAGAUGGUGAGGAUGUCAGGUGUGGUCCAGGCUACUACACACGUAGUGGGUACGUGCCUGGACCCAUAUGCAAGUAUAACUUUACGUCCGUCUACAACGUUGCUAUGGAAAAAAACAAAUACCUUCUACCUAAUGCGAGAAUCUUUAGUUACCUGAUUGUGGAGGAUGCCGAGAUGUUCCCGGGGACGCUGGCCUGCGACCACAAUGGCAGCCUGCUGAAGCUGCUGACCGGGGAGAAUCUCAUCACCCAGAUGUCCAACUACUUUGAGUUCCUGUCUGCCAUGGCUGUGACAGGCACCACUUUAUGGACCUCUCCGUACCUGGACUCGUGGGGGUUAGGGUUAAUGAUAACCCACGCUGUGCCUGUCAUCAGCAACAAAACUGGAAAGUAUAUAGGGGUGGUAGGUGUGGAUGCUACACUGGAUGAGAUUGAGAACUUUCUGACAAAACACCAGUGGGGAUCUGUCUACUCAUUUCUUAUCAACUCAAAAGCUGGCGUCGUCUUCCAUCCAAGGCUGAAACCAAGUGCUAAGUUGCUUGAAGAUCCCAUCUAUAUUCCUAUCUCUGGGCUGGAGCAAGAUAAAGAUGGCAGGCCAUCAGAGUUUUCUGAGAUUGAAGAUGCCAUGUUGCAAGGUUUAUCUGGCCAGAAAGUCAUCAACAAGGCCAGGGAUGGAAAAACUAGAACUUACUACUAUGGUUCAAUCAAAGGCACAGAGUAUUCAUUUGCCUUCAGCCUGGCCAGCGAAGAUAUGGCAUUUCGGCGGUCUCAGGAACCAGUAGAUCGUUCAAAGAUUGGGGACAGCUAUUACAACCUGCUAAAAAUGUAUAGCUCUCCUCUGUUGAAGGAGAAGCUGAAGGGCGUGUACGACAUGAUUGAUGUCAGGGAGAACGAUGAGAAGUACCCAGGGCUACGGGUCUCCUACAAGCAUUCCACCAUUUUCUUAGCCCCACAGAGUCACUGUGACCCUAUCAGAUACUCAUACAAUGACAGUCUUGAAGAGAAAACAUUAGAAGCCCAUCUGUGGAUCAAUGGACAUGACAAGGACGAGGGAUGCGAAGAUGACAACAGUGGUCAGAUGUUCAACAAAGGGAUCAGAGCUGAUGUCCUCAUCACCUACCCUAUAGAAGAUAUCUGGAAAAAACGCAACUUUGAGUCACUUGACCAGGUCAAGUGGACUAAUGUUGGUUUAAGAAGUGGAGUGUUCCGCACCUACCCUGGUCAUCGGUCAACCAGAAAUUAUGACCCCACUCAACGACCUUGGUACAAGCGCACAAGCUCCGCCCCCCACAAGACAUCUGUGUCGACACCAUACAUGGACUCAGCUGGAGUGGGUAAAAUUAACACAAUAUCUCAAGCUGUGUUUGAAGGGAUGACUCCUAAAGAAGACAAAGAUUGUAACAUCACCCAUGGAAAGCUGAUGGGAGGCUGUCCUUGUUCAGUGGACUCAGAUUGUUACAUUAAGGUUUGCUAUUUGAGCUCAGCCAACCCAGACAGAAGGAGGUGCGCCACAGAGAGAGUGGAGGGUGUGACAGGCUUGGAUAUUUUGUACGAUGACUUCCAGAAGAAGUCCCUUGAGAGCAUGCAAGCAUCAGAUUUCACAAAGUCCUGUGGUCAGAAUUACACCUGUCGUAAUGGUGAACCAAACUGUCAGACAAGGUGCUACCUGUUUGAUUCAUCAGCGUACCUGGUCAUGGACCCAGAUUUCCUGACCGCCAACGCCCUGGACGAGUCCCAGUACCAGUCAGUGACACUGGGCCGCAAGGAAGGGGAGGUGAUGAAACAUUUGGUUUACAAGCACAAGUUUUUCAUACGGGAGGAGUCCAUUGACUUCCAAGGCUCUUGUCGUAUUUCAGCUGAACAACCCAAGGUGACCCUAGAUGGCCUACCCCAGACACCAGAGGACACAGAUGACUACUACAAGAACCGAGGAAAAAUCCCCAAAUUUUACAACGACUUUGGCUGUAUACAGGAUGUUGUUAGCUACAAGACAAAUGACUCACAGUUAGGCCCCAGUGGGAUGAUCACAGGUAAUGUCUCUGGACCAUGCAUGUCAGGUUUGUAUUAUGUGACAGCCUUGCCCCAGACCAACCUGUAUCUGCUGGUCAUUGAAGAUUGGCUGGUUUACAAGCAGACCCUGUUCUACAACUUCCACUGUAAGAUCACACGCAGUGUGGUCAACAGUGGAGCCUAUCGUAUCAUCAACGGAACCUGCGCCCACGAGGACACUUCAGAGAGCACGUUACGUGACCAGGGAAGAUGCCCCCUUAUGAACGAUGUCCCACUCAAAUGUCAAUUUAAUAGCGUUGCACUUCUCUUUUCUGAUGUAUCAUUGUUUAUAGCUGCAUUUAUCCUCUUGUAUACAGUUUAAAAUUGACUACAUUAAUUUAAUGAUAAUGUUUUUAAUUACUGCAAAGAGGUGUGUAGUUAGAUUUAUAAAUUUCUAUAGAGAGAUAUUAAUAACAACUACUUAACUUUGUUGUAUGUAAUUCAGAGAUGAGCUACAAUUGUGUAAUUUGUUUUUUACGCCAAAACCUGAUGUUCUUGUUAGGUAAGCAACGAACAUGUACUGUACCUGUAUGGAACAAAAAAAAGAUAUUUGAAUCAGCUACCUGUUGUUGACAUUGUAAAGAAAACAUUGACAAGUUAAAAUAACAUUGGCCCUACUUAAUUCAUAUCGUUUUGAUAACAGUAUAUUGUAUUAAAUGUCAUGAGACUGUCAAUUUUUAGUUAAAAUAUUUUGAUAGAUUACCAUUUAUAAGUACAGUGUAACCCAUAAUCUUUGUCAGGAGUUAUUUCAAAAUGGGGGUCAUCAUAAGUCCACUCAUACGAACAUGUAAACCAGUUUUGGUUGAACGAGACACCAAAUAAUUUUUUAGUGUAUUGUACUAUUAUACUCCAAUUGGAAGAUGUUUACUUUAGUUACUAGAUUUGAAUAUUAUUUCAUUGGUGUGGAAGUGUGUGGUUGCUGUUUUUAAAUUAAUUGGAUGAGAUCAUAAAUUUCAUCCAUGUCUGCUGAAUAAGUGAAUGAAACUGCUUGGACUACUGCAUUAUCAAAUUGGGCUGGAUCCAAAUUUUCUUUUUACAAUUAUCUAUUUAAUUUUCUGGCCAGUAGGCAUGGCAUUAUUUUAUGUGUGCAAUAAUUUUUUAAAUAGUGCAAUAGUUUUUUAUGGUAUUGGUAGCAAAUGUGUUCUGAUUCACACCAAAGAUAAUUUUUUUGACUGAAGCAGCACCAAGUUCACUAAUGAUUAAAUCAAUUAGUUCAUGUUACUGUAAUUAAACCAAUUAAUUCACGUUACCUUGAUUAAACCAAUUAGUUUGUUGCACUAGAUGACACGCAAUAGAAUUGAUGUUCCCUGUACAUAAGUAGCAUACCCUACCUGUCACAAACGUUUAGUGCAGUCUUCCACUUCAAUUGUCACAGCGAACCAUUCCCUCAUGCACAGGUUUAUACUUAGACAUUUCUCAUUCCUGUUCAAACAUUCCUGCGCAUAUAAGGCAUUCAAUCUGCACACAAUUUUUCACAAGGAUCUCACGGUGCCAUUUGCAUCAAGUUUUUGAAAAUAUUUUUUCAGUUCCAACUUUUUGGUUGUAUACAAAUUUUUAAAACCUGUGUGAUAUUUUGAUUUAUGAUAUUGAUGUAACACAUUUAAGUAUUAUUUACACCAUUUUUUAGUGUUGUAUAUACACUUUUUCAUUGUGAAUCAGCAUUUGUAAGAAAUUACAAAUCUUGCAGGCAAUCAUAAUAAUUUAAACAAAGCAAAAUUGUGCAUCUUAAUCCAACUGGAAUAUUUACUAUAUAAUCCUAUUGCUUGUCGAUAAAUUAACUUAAUAGGAACAUGGUAAGUAUUUUAAACAUUCCUGUUUGUAUAUGCUUUUAGUGUGGGUGUGUCUAGUCUCCCUACCAUCAAUGUCUUGUUAGAUGAAGAUACUCACUAAAGGGGUGAAACUUGUUCCUGUAAACAUCGAUAUAUGUCAAACUGGCAUUUGUAUGGUCUAGAUUUGAUGUUUGUUAUAGGUGGCCAACAUCACAGUUUUAUUGUAUGUGGUUGACAGUUUUUGAAUA